ACAGCUCUCGUUGCAACAUAGUGCUUUUUUUGGCAAAUAAUAAAUGAGAAUUUGUUUAAAAAUAGUUGCAAUAGCCAUAAACGGUGCCAUUUGCUGAACUAUUAUUGUGAAAAUCAUAUUUGUGCUAUUUUUGGCCAGAAGCAACAAACGAAAAAGGACACAACGUGUUGUGCACUUGAUUCUGAGUCACGGCCAAACAAAACAAAACAAAAGCCAGACAACAAAGAGUGCGAGAGAGAGAGAGUGAAAGAUGAGUAAACUUCCUGGUGCCAACUUGGAAUUUGUGCGUGAAGAUGAUUUCGUGGAGUAUUAUAUAUUUCCCAAGCUAACGGAUCAGAAAGAACGCAGCGAUGAGCAACUGCGUCAAGAGCUGGAGAAAAUACGCGAAGAUUGCAUGGCAAUUGUGGAGAAGAAAGUCACAGAACGUUGUUAUAUUUGGCACAAGGAUGAAUUUCAGCUGCAGCUGCGCACGGGCAGCGCCGAGGAACGUCUGCUUAACGAAGCAGACGACAAAGAGGAUGACGAGGAAGAGGAGCAGCAGGAAGAGCGCGUGCUUCCGCCCCAUUUGCACGGAGUGACACAUUACGGCGACAACAUUGGCGACGAAUGGUUCAUUGUCUAUCUGCUGAGCGAGUUGAGCAAAGCUCGAGAGGAUUACAUAGUUCGCGUCUGCGAUGCCGAUGGUGAAUUUCUGUUAAUUGAGGCCGCCGAUGUGUUGCCCGAUUGGGCGAGUCCGGAGACGUGUGAACAACGUGUCUAUAUAGUCAAUGGAGGACUUCAAUUGAUACAGAACUCAAUGACGACAGGGCAGAGCAAGUUGCUCCCCAUGUCGAUGGCUGUGCAUCGCAUACGUUUAAAUCCCACACUCUACCGUUGCUCGCAGGAUAUACAAAACUGUAUAGAGGCGAGAUUACGGGAAUUUCAGGAUGCAGUGCGUCAUGCUUCGAUACACAGACAAAUUGUGGAGUUGCCACAAAAUGCGGCACAGCUGCUUAAGCAACGUCCUGGUCUGGUGGCCUCAGCGGUGCGUGCUUUCUGCGAGCGGGACACGUUGGAUACGAAGGCGAUUAGAAGCAUGCGCUACUUUCCGCCGGAAUCGCAGAGAAUUCGCACAAAUGUCGCAUUUACACGUUGUCUGUAUGCCAUGUUGAUGCAUAGUCAAUAUAUUCCCGAGCGUCGUCUUGGCUGGCAGCUAAAGGAUGCGGUGUCGCAGCCGGAGGCCUACAAGGAGCAACUCCUAGGUGUAAAGCUGGCCAGUGGCUUGGAGAUACUCGCCAGUCAGGCGAAACAAGCGGAGGAGCUACUCAAUGAUAAAUCUCCCGCCUGGCGUGCUUAUCUUCACAGUCUAAAAAGCAAGGAUUACUUUGGAAAUCAUCUAGAAGGCAGCGCGGAGCAAGUGCGUCUACUGAACCAGGCCAAGGAGUACUUUAAGGCGAAUCAGGAACGCUUUCGCACAGCUCCUCGGGUUGGCGCUCAAAUCCUCGAGCUGCUGUUGCACACGGCCGAGGAGCAACUUCGUGAUGUGGAGAACAAUCUGUUGCCCAGUGAUGCCGAUGAUUGGCUCAACAUCAGUGCCGAGGAUUUGGAUGCCAUGUUGCAGCAACGUUAUGGUCCCCAGAAACUCUAUAAUCCCAAUGGGGAUGUUAAUGCUGCCGAGUUUACCAAACAGCUGUCGCAAUUCCUGGACAGACAGUCCAAUUUUGAGGGCAUUGAGACGCAGGCGGAAGCGGGCGCCCAACUCGACUCGGAUGAUGAUGAUGAACCGGAGGCGGAACCAGAAGCAACGGUGGCAAGUCCUAGUGCUGCCAGCAAGAUCAAGAAGAAUCCCUCCAUGCGCAAAGCGUGUCAGCGAAAUUCUCUUAUUCAAGCCGACGAACAGGAACAGGACAGCACACACGUGCGCAAUUUUCUGGACUUUGUGAUACCGGAGGACAACUGGGAUUCCAACUCCGAGAUGAGCGAUUACGCUGACGAGGAGGAUCUGGAGCGUAAUUUUGAUGCGCUGUCCAACACUAGUCAGGAUAACUAUCGUUUGGAUCGCAACAUCAAGGCGUACAUGGAGCAAAUGGACAAGGAACUGGCCCAAACAACAGUUGGCAAAUCCUUCCACGGGAAGAGCGACAACCCUACACAGCGCAGUGCCACCGAUGACGAUUUUGAUGACAUCGAGGACUUUGAACCGAUUAACAUAAAUGUAAACACACUGCGCAACAUGAUGGACAGCUACAAGUCCCAGAUGGGCGGGGCAGGACCCGUCUCCAAUCUCUUUAACGCCAUGGGCGUGGGCAUGUCCGCUGCUACAACAACAACAGCAACAAAAGAGGAUAAAACCGAUAAGUUAUCGGAGUCCGCUGUCUAGAACACAAAAAAAGGAGAAACAGGAACAUCAUCAUCAUUUAGCAAAUAAGUUUACAGUCAUAUUAUGUCUUUAGCAUUCAAAUACCAAUACCAAUAAAUCUAUGUGUGUGUGUUAGUAAUGUAAA